AUGGCUCCAAGCAUCACCACGCCUCUAGUUCCGGCCGUUGAGGGCGACACUCGACAGAGUGCAAAAUUGAGCCCGGAACAGAUCAUAGCAGCCCCUAUAGACUACCUCUUGUCUCUACCGGGAAAAGACCUCCGCAGCCGCCUGAUCGAGGCUUUCAACGAAUGGCUCAACGUCUCACCGGACAAACUCGAUCUUAUCCGACGAGUGAUCGAGCUCUUGCACACUGCCUCACUACUGAUUGAUGACAUUCAGGACUCCUCCAAGCUCCGGCGGGGUCAACCGGUCGCUCACAGUAUCUUUGGAAUUGCACAGACGAUCAACUCAGCAAACAGUGCAUAUUUCGAAGCCCAACAUGAGCUACACAAGCUGAAUGACCCCCGCGCAAUUCAGAUAUUCACAGAGGAACUUCUUCGGCUGCACCGUGGUCAGGGGAUGGACCUGUACUGGCGGGACACCCUGACAUGCCCGUCCGAAGAAGAAUAUCUCGAAAUGGUGGCUGAUAAAACGGGAGGGCUGUUUCGGCUCGCAAUUAAGCUGAUGCAGUGUUCGAGCAAUAGCAAACACGACUACGUCCCUCUUGUCGACUUGAUGGGCGUCAUCUUUCAGAUUCGCGAUGACUACCAGAAUCUACAGAGCGGGACGUACAUUCAGAAUAAGGGAUUCGGGGAGGAUUUGACGGAGGGCAAGUUCUCGUUUCCUAUAAUUCAUGCAAUCCGGUAUGGCGCGCAGAGCCUACAGCUCCUCAACAUCCUCAAGCAGAAGACGGAAGACGUGACUGUCAAGAGAUACGCGAUAAGUAUUAUGGAAGCUGCGGGGAGCUUUGCAUACUGCCGCGCAAGGAUAGCAGAACUGGCCACAGAGGUGAGGUUGAUGCUCCAGGAAAUUGCGCGCCCUACGACUGGGACUGGCGCCUCGGAGGGCAAAGGUGUCGCCGAGUUCCUGGAUGUACUGGAGAUCAAACAGGACAGUUCAUAUUCUCAUUGUGUAACUUGCAGGGAGGGGUCGUGA